UCCAAACCGAUGACGCUGGUUGUCUCGCGUUCUCUCGCGAUAUUUCAAAAAUUCCAACAUUGCGUAGCGAAGCAAUCCGGCGGCUGCAGGAGAGAGAGAGAGAGCUGGGUGUUGAAAAAAUAAUCCGAAAUAUUGAAUUAAUUCAAAGGAUUUUCGGCUUUUAUUUUGACUUUUUGUCUCAUUCCUACUACAAAUAACUGAACUAGAAUGGAAAAUAAACGAUGAGGGGUGUAGCAGGGUGCAGCUAACUGACUGAACCAUGGCUCAAUUUCCCACGCCCUUUGGAGGGGGGCUGGAUACGUGGGUUAUUUCUGUGGAUGAGAGAGCCAAACAUGAUCAACAAUUCCAUAGCCUGACCCCCACACCUGCUGGCUUCAUCACAGGUGACCAGGCCAAGAAUUUCUUCUUACAGUCAGGCUUACCUGCCCCUGUUCUGGCCCAGAUAUGGGCUCUAGCCGACAUGAACAAAGAUGGGAAGAUGGACAUGCACGAGUUUUCCAUUGCCAUGAAGUUAAUCAAGCUGAAGCUGCAGGGCCACCCACUACCUCCCAGUCUGCCCCCCUCCAUGAAGCAGCCGCCCCUCUCCCUACCUCCUGCUGCUCCCUUCGGACUGCCCAGUAUGGGGGCUAUGACUGCUUUACCUCCAGUGCCACCACCCAUGCCUCUCCCUCCACUUCCUCCCGGGGUGCCUGGUGUCGGACUGUCUCCCCCACUGGUGUCAUCGGUGCCCCCUCCUGUUCCCCCCCUGGCCAAUGGAGCACCUUCAAUAAUGCAGCCCAUAUCUGGGUUUUCACACCCACCUCCUCUUUCAGCCACAGCUGUCAACAAAGGCUCAUCUUUCAGUCGCUCUAGUGCCAAAUUAUCCAAAGGCCAGUCUUUUGAGACACCUAGUGCACCUGCAGCACCUGUUCCCACUGAUUGGGCUGUGUCCCAUUCUUCACGCCUAAAGUAUCGCCAGCUCUUUAACAGCCAUGACAAGAUGAUGAGCGGCCAUCUAACAGGGCCGCAGGCUAGAACCAUUCUCAUGCAGUCCAGUCUACCACAGACUCAGCUGGCUACCAUUUGGAACCUGUCGGACAUUGAUCAGGAUGGAAAGCUCACGGCUGAGGAGUUUAUUCUGGCCAUGCAUUUAAUAGACAUGGCAAUGUCUGGCUUGCCUCUACCCCCGCUUUUACCCCCGGAUCUUCUUCCCCCAACCUUCAGAAGAGUGCGUUCUGGCAGUGGUGUCAGUUUGACCAGCAUGCACUCUGUAGAUCAGUGGGUUCAGGAAGAGCCUGCAGAAGAAGAGGAGAAAGAUCCAGAGAAAAAGCUUCCAGUGACCUUUGAGGACAAGAAGCGGGAGAACUUUGAGCGAGGGAACCUGGAGCUGGAGAAGCGACGGCAGGCCUUGCUGGAGCAGCAGAGGAAAGAGCAGGAGCGGCUGGCGGCCCUUGAGCGCGAGGAACAGGAACGCAAGGAGCGUGAGCGUCUGGAGCAAGAGCGGCGGCGCCAGCAGGAGCUGGAGAAGCAGCUGGAGAAGCAGCGGGAGCUGGAGAGACAACGGGAAGAGGAGCGGCGCAAGGAGAUUGAGAGGAGAGAGGCUGCUAAGCGGGAGCUGGAGCGACAGCGGCAGUUGGAGUGGGAGAGGAACCGCAGACAAGAGUUACUGACUCAAAGAAACCGAGAACAGGAAAACAUUGUCCUGCUUAAAGCACGCAAGAAAACCCUAGAGUUUGAACUGGAAGCUUUGAAUGAUAAGAAGUCUCAGCUGGAGGGGAAGCUGCAAGAUAUCCGCUUUCGCUUGUCCACUCAAAGGCAGGAGAUCGAGAGCACAAACAAGAAGCGUGAACUUCGCAUUUCUGAGAUCACCACACUGCAGCAGCAACUCCAGGAGUCUCAGCAGUGGCUGGGAAGGCUAAUUCCUGAUAAACAGUGUCUAAAUGAUCAGCUGAAGCAGGUGCAGCAGAACAGCCUACAUAGGGACUCGCUGUCCAACCUGCAGAGAGCUGUUGAGAUGAAGGAGACGACCAGACAGCAACUUCGUGAGCAGCUGGAUGCUGUAGAGAAAGAGACACGCUCGAAACUGCUGGAAAUAGAUGCAUUUAAUUCACAGCUGAAGGAGCUCAGGGAGAUCCACAACAAGCAGCAGCGGCAGAAACAGAAGGAGUUACAAGGGGACAUCAUCCACCCUCCAUUGGACAGCAAACCUGCAGAGCUGCAAGACAGCCGACUUUUGGGUUCUACCGAUGGCCCGACUCUUGCCUGGCGGGACUCGACAUUAGCAAGGGACCCCACACCACCAGUCUCUGAGCCCUGGGUCAGCCACUUGGGAGAGGAGGAUAGCCAGAGCAACAGAGGAGAUGUGCAGGACAAACUGUCAAAGCUGUUCAUGCAGCAGCCAGAACCAAGCAAACAUCUGGGGCAGUCACCCUGGCCCCCAGGAGAUAAGGUGCCAAUGUCAGGUUUUAACCAGGAUACGGUAAAGGUAGUGUACUACAGAGCACUUUACCCGUUUGAAGCUCGCAGUCAUGAUGAGAUCAGCAUCCAGCCUGGAGACAUAGUCAUGGUGAAAGGGGAGUGGGUGGACGAGUCUCAGACGGGUGAACCUGGAUGGUUAGGAGGGGAGAUAAAAGGAAAGACUGGCUGGUUUCCUGCCAACUAUGCUGAGAAAAUUCCAGAAUCUGAAGUCCCUCUCAAUAUGAGAGCUAGUGGCUUUGCUUCAAAGCUGGUUACACGUGUCACACCCACACCCUCCUCAACCACACCCACUACCAUGCAGUCAGUCACCAUGGAGACAGCGGUAAUAGCUCCACCCUCUACAGCUGCUCCAGCCUCCUCAUCUUCAUCUGCCUCUAGUAACUGGGCAGAUUUUAGCACUACAUGGCCAGCUAACUCUUCAGCAGAAAAGCAGGAUACUGAUGGUUGGGAGGCGUGGCCGACUCAAUCUGCACAGCCCUCUCUGUCCGUGCCAACCGGAGGCCAGGGUCGACAACGCUCAGCUUUUACUCCUGCUACUCUCUCUGGUUCCUCCCCCUCACCUGUACUCGGCCAGGGUGAGAAGGUUGAGGGCAUGCAGGCUCAGGCUUUGUACCCGUGGCGGGCGAAAAAAGAUAACCAUCUGAACUUUAACAAAAAUGAUGUGAUCACUGUGCUGGAGCAGCAGGACAUGUGGUGGUUCGGAGAGGUGCAGGGCCAAAGAGGCUGGUUUCCCAAGUCAUACGUCAAGCUCAUAUCCGGACCUGUGCGCAAGUCUAUGAGUAUUGAGUCAGGAUCCUCCGAUAGCCCUCCCAGUAUGAAGAGACCCAGUCCUACCCCUAACAAACCCAUGGAGCUUGGUGAAGAGUUUAUAGCAAUGUAUACGUAUGAAAGCAAUGAGCAUGGUGACCUGACCUUCCAGCAGGGCGACAUCAUCACAGUGCUGAAGAAAGAGGGCGACUGGUGGACAGGCACAGUAAGCGGAAAGACAGGAGUGUUCCCCUCCAAUUAUGUGAAGCCCAAAGAUUCAGAGGGUCUGGGGCCUGCUGGGAAAUCAGGAAGUCUGGGAAGGAAACCAGAGAUCGCUCAGGUGAUUGCUCCAUACACAGCCACGGGGGCAGAGCAGCUGACUCUGGCACCUGGACAGCUCAUCCUCAUUCGCAAGAAAAACCCUGGAGGCUGGUGGGAAGGAGAACUACAGGCAAGAGGUAAGAAACGCCAGAUUGGUUGGUUUCCAGCCAAUUAUGUGAAGCUCUUGAGCCCUAGCACCAGUAAGACCACGCCCACUGAACCAACUCCACCCAAGCUCCCAACACCAAACGCAGUGUGCCAGGUGAUCGGCAUGUACGACUACACAGCUCAGAAUGAUGACGAGUUGCCCUUUGGGAAGGGUCAGAUGAUCAAUGUCUUAAGCAGGGAGGAUCCUGAUUGGUGGAAGGGGGAGCUGAACGGCUCAGUCGGCCUUUUCCCUUCCAACUACGUCAAACUGACCACCGACACAGAUCCCAGCCAGCAGUGACUCUUAUGUUGCCCAUAUCCCACUCAGCCUUGAAAGUCCUCAAAGCGACCCACUAUCCCCUAUUCACUGCCCAGCGGGAUGAUGGGAGAUGGAACCCCCACAUUGGUCAUGUGACUGCCCCCUGCUGGCUUUGUGGCCAGAAGAAACGAAUACAGAAUACUGCAGAAAGAGCAGUCAUUACCCUCAGAAAUGUAGAUGUACACAAAACAUGCAGCAGCAUUCUCUGCAUUAAAGAAAUUUUUAAAAAAGAAGAAGAAUGCAUAACUUCUGUUAAUUGAAAUGAAUUCACUUUUAUUUAUUUAUGGACGAUAACCAAAUAUAAUUGCUGGAUAGUGGGUCCUUUUGUGGCUUUCUGUGAUCUAGUUGUAUAGCUUUUCAGAUGCAUUUCACAUCAAAACUAUUCUAACUAGUAGGUUCUGCCCCACUUUGUUAAUUGUUUGCCCUUUUGUUCCUGCCAACCCUGACCUCCUGCCCCCUUCACUGGACCCACAGCACCACAGAAAGACCCACUAUUCAUGAUCUGUGACAUCACAGGGCUUGGUAAACUAUGUGUAUCAUAACUGACCUUUAGCCUAGUGUCAUACAAACUGGAGGAAAACAGUGUUGUCCACUACAUAUCUGACUGAUGUCUUUUUUUAAUCCAAUUUGUAUUUUUGGUUUCAUGCAGUUGUUUUGUUCUGAAAGUUCACUGAUGAGUCAGUAAAACACAACCAGCACAGCCUCGGGGCUAGUUGCACCAGCAGUUUAAAUGGUUAAUUUGUUAAACAGGCUUCUUGUUGUCACACAGUUGUAGAUGAUAUACGUUUGGAGCACAGCACUUUAUUUAGCUUUGUACCUGUUUUUGCUCUACUUUUGCUCAAGUGUAAUUUACCAGGGCUUGCACAGCCUUUUCCAAACAAAAUUAGGCAUAGACACAACCUGCUGUGCUUAUUCAUGUCACAGUGUAUAUAACAAAAACAUUUAUGCAACCUGUUUGCCAAUAGCAAAAUCAAGUAAGCAACUGCAUUACAUUUACAUUUUCAACAUUUAGCAGAUGCUUUUGUCCAAAGUGACUUACAGUACUGUGACAGUAUAUUGUCUAAGCAAUUGAGGGUUAAGGGCCUUGCUCAAGGACCCAACAGUGACAACCUGGCAGUGAUAGGGCUUGUGAUGGGGCUUGAACCAGCAAUCUUUCGAAUACUAGUCCAGUACCUUAACCACUAGGCUACAAUUGCCCUGAUCAUCACAUCAUGCAAAAGUAAAAAAAAAAUGAUAGGCCUGUAAGACUCAACACAGUCAUGAACUCAUGGAUCCUCCAAUUCAACGUGGGAGGAUUCAAGAUGCUAUUAGUUGUAUAUGUAUUGCCGUGUAGAUCAAAAUUUUCCCACAUAUGUGCCCACCAUCUCCUCUUUCUUUCAUAACAUGUUGGCCCAACACAGUCAUGAACUCAUGGAUCCUCCCUUAUCACCAUGUUUACCAAUUAGUAUAGUGAGCAAGUAUAAUUUCUAAUGUUACGCAUUCAUUUAUCUUCUCUACCACUUCAUCCUGGUCAGGGUCUCUGGUUUCCUCCCACCUUUUUAAAAAACAUGCAACCUACGGUUUAGGUUGUAUUGUAUUGAGUGCCCAAGAAAACCAAUGCAGACAUGAACAAAACAUGCUCCUUACACACUGUGAGUGGAGGCAAGGACCAAACCCAGGUCCUUAGAACUUGUGUUGCUUUGUGGCCUCCUGACUGUAAACUCCCCAAAAUAUGAAACCCAAAUCCAAUGGUGACUAUUUUAUUAAUCUUAAAAUAAAAAUAGAUAGUGAAUACCUUUGCAAACCCCUGUUUUACUGUUUCUUUCAAGGAUUGCUUCAAACUCUGAUAAGCUUGAUUUGUAUUAAGCUUGAUUUGGUGGAAACAGAUUUGGACUUUUCACCUGCUGCUAGCUAGCUGUUACACCCAGUCAUACAUCCAUGUUGGUGCAACCAGCCCCUAUUACCUAAGGUCCUAUAUGUAUUUUUAGAAAACCUUCACAUUUCUAAAACACACCGGUCCUGUCAGUGACUGUAAUGGGCAAGAUGGGACUUCUCCAUGUAUUCAGUCUCAUAAAUGUGUGUGUGUGUCCUGUGUUCAUACCAAACUGUUGGAUGAAUAGGAUUCGUGUGUGUGUUUGCUGGUCUGUUCUGUUUCAUGUUGGGGUUUUUUAUUUUAGUUCAGUUUGUUUGUGUGACGGGGUUGAGAAAUGGUGUUACAAACCAAAUACUGCACAACUGCCACUGCGAACGGUACAGCGACGGGUAGCGUCCACGCAAAUACACAUUUUACGUUGGAAAUGCACAUGUAAAGACUGCAGCCUCCUAUUCACUGUGUGGGGGAUUUAUGAUGGUGUUAGUUGUAUACGUAUAGCCGUGUAGAUCAAAUUGUUUACUUUUCGUUUGAACGGUUAAUUUUUUUAUUUGUUAAGGUUGGUUUGAAGAACACGGUCUCCUUGUUUAAACUUUCUAUUUUUAUAACAAUCUACAAUUGUAAUUCAUUCACACCAUUCAUUGUGUGCUUUCCUGUUUAAAUGGUGAAUUGAUAUCUAGGAAUGAUGGUCACCAAACUCUGUGAAAUUAACAAAGUUCCUGAGUUUAAAGCGUACUCCCUAUAACAAGCUUAUUAGAAAAAUAUAAUAUUAUUCAGAUAUAAUAUUUGCUAAUCAGAAAUGCUAAUAAAUUAAAAACGUUUACAACAGCAGAAGAGAAAGGCAUCUUUGAUACUGCAAGCAUCCAAGUUGUGAACUCAUUUUUUUGUUUUGCUUGUUAGGAAAAAGCAUGAGAUUAAUUUAUGCUUAAACUUUAUUGUACUGGAGGUACCAUAUCUGGUUUUUUUUUAUCAUCUAACAGUAUUGUCAUUUUGUCAUAACAACAAUGAACUGAAAAGUUUCUUAAAACUUUGGAAAUCAACUGAAGAGGUUAUCAGGUUAAGAGGAUUUUAUUUUUCCACGUUUGUGAUUCCACAUGAGAAAAGUAUUGUAGUGUGCUGCGUUAAAUAGUCUCCUCAAACUUUCCAUCACGUCUUUGCUCUUGGACUUCUGUGGACUCUGGAAGCAGAGCAGAACUGCAGGCUUCUCGAUGACUUGUAAUAACUGUGAUCCUGUAUAUGAACAUGAAACACAUUGAAAGCUCUUUUUUUUUUCUUUGGUUUUGAAGCUCACACAACACGUCCAAAAUCCUCUACAGUUGCACUCGGUUAAUGCUGCAGUUUAUCAAAUAAAUGAAAUGAAUGUACGACAGAAAAUAAAUCAGAUCCCUAGCUUUAAUAAACUAUCAUGCCAUGUUUAUAAAAAAUACUUGUAACCAUUAAAGAACUUCAUUUCAAAAGUAAAA